GAUAGAUAGAUAGACAGAUAGGAAUCAUAGAAAUUGAUCCAUCCCCACUGUAAAUAAAACCCGGUAUCAGAUUGCUACACGUAUAACGAAUACGGACGGAAGAAGAAGAAGAAGAAGGAAGCAGCUGAAAGACUUCCAAAGAGAGAGAGAGAGAAUUUGCAAAGAUGGGAGAAAGUCGCCGUGGGGGAGGAUGUUGCCCGCCGGUUGAUCUGCUCCGAUCGGAGUCGAUGCAAUUGAUACAGAUCAUUAUUCCAAUCGAAUCUGCUCACCAAACUGUUUCAUAUCUUGGUGACCUUGGCCUUAUCCAGUUCAAAGAGCUCAAUGCAGAAAAGAGUCCUUUCCAGCGCACUUAUGCUGCUCAGAUUAAAAGAUGUGGAGAGAUGGCUCGCAAGCUCCGUUUUUUAAAGGAAGAGAUGUCAAAAGCUGGCGUGUCGCAUUCAGGCAAGGUUGGUUCCAAGGCUGAUUUGGGUUUGGAUGACUUGGAGGCGAAACUUGGAGAGCUUGAAGCUGAACUGCUUGAAAUGAAUGCAAACUCUGGAAAAUUACAGCGUUCUUACAAUGAGCUUAUUGAGUACAAGCUUCUAUUGCAGAAGGCAGGAGGAUUUUUUCAUUCUGCCCAAAGUAGUGCUAGAGCUCAACAUGGAGAACUUGGACCUGGGCUGACAGCAGAAGAGUCAUUGACCUCCCCCCUGUUAAUGGAGCAACAAAUGACAACUGAUUCAUCGAAGCAAAUUAAGCUAGGGUUUCUUGCUGGCCUUGUUCCAAGGGAGAAAUCUAUGGCGUUUGAGCGGAUUAUUUUCCGAGCAACCAGAGGCAAUGUCUUUUUGAAGCACUCAGUCCUUGAGGAAACGGUCAUUGAUCCUGUGUCAGGAGAGAAGGCUGAGAAAAAUGUGUUUGUGAUUUUCUAUACGGGGGAGAGAUCAAAGAACAAAAUAUCUAAGAUAUGUGAAGCUUUUGGUGCUAACCGGUAUCCUUUUGAUGAAGAUGUUGUCAAACAAGUUUUAAUGGUCAAUGAGGUGUCAGGGAAGUUGUCUGAACUGAAGACUACGAUAGAUGCUGGGUUUUUGCAGCGGGACAAUCUGUUGCAAACGAUUGGUGAACAAGUUGAACAAUGGAGCACUUUGGUGAGAAAGGAGAAAUCUAUUUACAACAUUUUAAAUAUGCUUAGCAUCGAUGUGACGAAGAAAUGCCUCGUGGCAGAAGGUUGGAGUCCCGUUUUUGCAACUAAACAGAUUCAGGAUGCAUUGCAGCGGGCAACAUAUGAUUCUAACUCUCAAGUUAGCCCAAUAUUCCAGAUAUUGCAUACCAAGGAGUCGCCACCAACCUAUUUUCGAACAAAUAAGUUCACAUCUUCUUUUCAAGAGAUUGUUGAUGCUUAUGGGGUGGCAAAAUAUCAAGAAGCGAAUCCUGGUGUAUUCACAAUUGUUACAUUCCCAUUUCUUUUUGCUGUCAUGUUUGGUGAUUGGGGACAUGGUAUCUGUCUGUUACUAAUGACAUUAUACUUUAUAGCCAAGGAAAAAAAACUUCAGGGUCAGAAACUUGGAGACAUAAUUGACAUGGUAUUUGGUGGCCGCUAUGUGAUAAUGAUGAUGUCACUCUUCUCUAUCUACACCGGGUUGAUCUAUAAUGAGUUCUUCUCAGUUCCAUUUGAACUAUUCGGUCAAUCAGCCUAUUCCUGCCGUGAUCUUUCUUGCAGGGAUGCUGGUACUGCAGGUUUGAUCAAGGUGCGUGACACAUAUCCAUUUGGUGUGGAUCCUGUGUGGCAUGGUACUCGUAGUGAGCUUCCAUUCCUCAAUUCACUGAAAAUGAAAAUGUCUAUACUCAUUGGAGUGUCCCAGAUGAACCUAGGGAUUUUUAUGAGCUAUUUCAAUGGCAAAUUCUUUAACAACAACAUAAACAUCUGGUUUCAGUUUGUCCCUCAAAUAAUAUUCCUGAAUAGCUUGUUUGGUUAUCUCUCCCUUCUCAUCAUCAUCAAAUGGUGCACUGGUUCACAAGCUGAUCUGUACCAUGUGAUGAUAUAUAUGUUCUUGAGCCCCACUGAUGAUCUGGGUGAGAAUCAGCUCUUCCCCGGUCAAAAGAUGAUCCAGAUGGUGCUACUACUUCUGGCCCUUGUUUCUGUGCCAUGGAUGUUAUUGCCCAAGCCUUUUCUUCUGAAGAAGCAACACGAAGAAAGGCACCAGGGUGAGUCCUACAUAGCACUUGAGGAUAGAGAUGAUAGCUUACAAGUGGAAACAAACCAUGAUUCACAUGGACAUGGAGAAUUUGAAUUUAGUGAAGUAUUUGUUCAUCAACUUAUACAUACCAUUGAAUUUGUACUUGGAGCAGUCUCAAAUACCGCGUCAUAUCUUCGUCUCUGGGCCCUCAGUCUUGCGCACUCGGAAUUGUCUAGUGUAUUCUAUGAGAAGGUUCUUCUUCUUGCAUGGGGGUACAACAAUAUCGCGAUCCUGAUAGUUGGAGGCAUAAUUUUCAUUGGUGCAACCGUUGGGGUGUUGUUAGUUAUGGAGACCCUGAGUGCCUUCCUUCACGCACUGAGGCUGCAUUGGGUCGAAUUCCAGAACAAAUUCUACGAGGGAGACGGUUACAAAUUCUAUCCUUUCUCAUUCACUCAACUUGACGAUGAAGAACUAUAAUGGGAUGAUGGUAGCGUAUUCUUUUAUUGCUGGGAAUUUGUGAUAAUAACAACAGGUCGGUUGUAACAUUAUCUUUAGGGGGAAAGGCUAUUUAUGUUAUUUUGAAAGGCUUUGUGCUUUCUUUCCCUACUCUUUUUUGAAUUUAUUUAUUUGCAAUAAGCAACGCAAUCCUUGUUGGGUCGGGCUUGCAAUCAAUUGCACCUCCCCGUCUUCGGUCGUUGUGUUGUCCUGAGAUAUUGUUCUGUUACUAUUUCUCUCUCGGGUUGUGUGUCUAUUCUUUUGUGGUCUUAUAAGAUAAAUGCAAUGAGUAUUUAUUGUUCA